AUAGCAUUAAAAUUUGAUCAAAUUAAUGAAUAUCUUCAAAAUUUGACAACCGAUAACAAACAUAAAGCAAUAAAGCGAGCUUGGGAAAAUCCACUAUCAGAUUCACCUCAAUGUAUAUUUGCAGAAACUCGAAGCAGUAAACAAAUAAUAUGGAUUAUAAUGCAUCUUCAUUUGGAAUUAUGUAAAAUAUCUCGUGAAAUAGAUUGGAUAUUCGGAACACAGAUGACCUUUAAAAUGGGGUGUUAUUUCGGUUUCAUGGCAAUGAACCUUUAUGAACUUUUCAAUGUAAUAUUCAUCAAUAAUUAUACAAACUAUAGAAGUGUAUUUAUCUGCAUUCAAUUAGUUUGGUUUUUCCAUAAUGUUUUAAAACUCAUUAUUGUUAAUUAUAUGUGUGAAAAAGUCAGCACAAAGGCAAACGUAACGAAAAAUUUUGCAAAUAAAAUAUUAUGUUCUACAUGCGAUAUUGAAAUAAGUGAAAAUAUAACACAAUUAUUAUUACAAAUGACUCAAUCGCCACUCAGAUUCUACGGGUUUGGUCUAUUUCAAUUUGGCUUCAAAUUUCUUCACGGAUUCGCCGCAUCUGUUUUGACUGUCUUGAUUAUAUUAAUACAAGCGCAUAUAGAUAAAUAAAUGUUUCUAUGAAAAUUCUGACAUAUUACUACGCUGAUUAAUUCCUUAUUUGUAUAUAUCUAAUAAAAUAAUUAUUUCAAAAUUGUAUAAAAUUUCGCUUUGCAUCUUCUUAACAGAAAUUCCGAAAUUGUCUAAAGAAGCUCGAUAUUAUCGAUGAUACUUUGCUUAAGCUUGAAAGAGUGACUUGCUAAUAACACGAUUUCGUUACAUCAAUUUUUUUCUUCAUAUUUAAAUAUAUAGAA